AAAAGAGACCCAUCCCCUGGCCUUACCCUUCGUUGCCCUCUUAAGCCCUCUUCCACCCAUUCCAACCAAGAGAGACACCCACCUCCGGCCUCCAGCUUUGAUCCCUAAUUCCUAUCCUUCCUCCUCGCUUGAUCUGUAAUAUUUUUUUUUUCCGAUUCAUUUUCUCAGAUCGAAAUCCAUCAACCCAGAAAAGGAAAGAUGGCUCAAAGGGAGAAAGAAGAGACUGAAUUCAAGGUCCCUGAAACCCUCACCCUCUGCACAAACGGUUGUGGUUUCCCUGGAAACCCAGCCACCAAGAACAUGUGCCAGAACUGCUUCAAGGCCAACGCAGAAGUCCUCAAGCCCCUCAACUUCUCCUCCUCCUCUUCGUCGCAAGAUAACAAGUCCAGAUCCAGCUCCUCUCGAUCGUCGCCGGCGAGAUCUGAUUCUGAGUCCGAUCUGCUGCUGAUGAAGACUCGGAGGGAACCCACGGCGCUCAAGACAACAACGACAGAAGCGACGACGGCGGUAUCUGCGGAGGGAACAGAUUCGACGAACACCCAAAGGCGGGAGGUGAAUCGGUGCUCCGGUUGCAGGAGGAAGGUAGGGUUGACGGGGUUUCGAUGCCGGUGCGGGGAUUUGUUCUGUUCGGAGCAUCGAUACUCUGACCGCCACGUAUGCAGUUACGAUUACAAAACCGCAGGUCGCGAGGCCAUCGCUCGUGAGAAUCCGGUCGUCAAAGCCGCGAAGAUCGUUAGAGUCUGAGAUAUGAACCAGAGAAAAAUUCGAAAAAAAUGUAUUUUAUUUAAAAAUUCGAAACUUUGUUGAACCAAA